AUGGCAUUUGAAAUGUUUUCACUAGCCGCUAACGAGAACACCGACAUCAGACAAGAAUUUGGAAACAACCAUUCCCCGCCUGAGAACAGGCAUAGGGCAUCCAACAAGAUUCUGGGAAUCGUGUUCCUUGGGUAUCUACACUUAUAUGGCAUAGGGGUCGAGAAGAAUUUUCAAAAGUCGUUUCAGCUAUUUCUAAAUGCCACCAGAGAAGGGUCAAGUUUGGCGGAAUCUUGCCUGGGAUAUUGUUAUUCGGAAGGGUAUGGUGUCGAGAAAGAUGAAUCGAAGGCUUUUGAGUACUUUCGGAGGUCCACCGAGAAAGGAUGCAUCGUAGGUCUCUACGAUGUCGCAUACAGUUACCUCAAGGGUUUGGGCACUCGGAAGGAUGAGGCGAAAGGUUUCAAGUUGCUUUUGCAGGCGGCCGGGGGUGGAAGUUUGAAUGCUCAAAAUGAAGUAGGAAUAUGCUACGAGAACGGGAGCGGGGUGUCAAAAGAUUCGGAUAGAGCGUUCAAAUGGUAUUUACAGUCCGCAGAAAAUGGAUGCAGUGUUGGUUCGUAUAAUGUAGGAUGUUUAUAUUACAACGGAACGGGCAUUUGCCAGGACAAAAAGAAGGCCUUCGAGAGAUUCUUAAGGUCGGCAGAAAACGAUUACGAGUAUGGUCAGCUCGACGUUGGCAGAUCCUAUAAAAAUGGGAUAGGGACGAGAAAAGACAUUAUAAAAGCAGUGUACUACUUGGAAAAAGCGAAAACCAAGGAAAAAACGGAAACGGACGCACGAGAAACACUUGAAGCAAUUUCUGACCGAUCAACUUCAUUCGAUCAAACUGGAUCCAUUCUCUAA